UCUUUCGUAUACGCUUGUAUAGAUAGUACACACUAUAAUAUCUAUGGAUUCGUGGUGAUAUAUGUAUACCAUUAACCGGUUUGAUUUUCUUCGAUCAAACAUUUUAUUAGAAUUGUGAGGAUAAUCGAGGAGUGUCGUGUGUUAACUUGUAAGAUAGAGAAUACGAAACCGGAAUGUCUUUAGGUUAGUUCAUUCAGAGGCUGUGAUUCUAAAAUUAGUUUGAAAAUACCGGAUUUUAAAAACAACUUUGAAUAAUUAUAUGCAACCAUUACGCCAUAUACCCGGUAGAAUAGAUUGUAUUGUCAGUGUACGAGUGUCGUGACAGAGGAUAGCUGUCUGUAAGUGAGCUUAAGGUUCUAUGAUGGCAUUGUCACGUAUCUGUAACUCUUCCGAUUUAUUGACAACCGUUUUACGUAUUUCACAUGCAGCAAGCGUCCCUUUAGGCGAAAUGCAGUGCACACGAUAUACAACCGUGUACCAAAGUCGCAUAAAUGCUUUUCACGUGACGAGCCUCCGGCGUUAUCCCGAUCCUCCCACUCUACCGCUUCCUACAAACGUUUCCGAAAUAUAUGCGAACGAGACCGGUCGCUUUACCUCGGAAAGGUCACGUGACAUCGCCGCGCCUGUGUUGCUCUAUGGUAGAAGCAACGAUUGCAAAUCUUUCUUUUCCGAACAAUCAGCGCCGACAGCGCGCUCGACGGGCGCUCUGGUAACCUGCGGCGAUAACCACGUGGGCUCGUACGACUGCUUCGGCGCGGUCAGUUUGAAUGGCACGAUGCAAAGCAACGUGCCAAAACCGUUCUGCUCUGCCGGGAAAUCGACGCAUUUGAACAUGCCUGGCGGCCAAUGGGCCAGGCACGGUAAAUACAUCGCCGAAGACAUGCAGAAAUAUCAUUAUCAAAACGUCUGUUUCUCGCAAAUAAAACAGGACAUAAGUGGUACUGCAAGUCGGAUCCUCGCGACGACUACCUUUUUGCGAACAGUGUUUCGGCCGAAAUAUAUCUUUAGUAUGAGAUAUACGACAGAUUCGUCCCAGCAGUCGAACAGUGCAAAGCCCGCUGUUGUAAAGCCGCAUCAGUAUAUAGGUGCAACGAAGAAAGAAAGGUUUAAAAUAAUAGUGAGGGAUUACGGGCGUACAGUUCUCGUGUUUCACAUAGGAAUAUCUCUGAUAUCUCUCGGUGGAUGUUACGCAGCUGUGAUUAGCGGGUAUGAUAUAACGCCUCUGGUUAAAACUAUGUUAGACAAUAACAACGAACACGUGCAAAGUAUACUGAGUAGCUCGACGCAGUUCUUGUUGGCGUAUGCAAUUCACAAGCUGUUCGCGCCUGUCCGACUUUCGAUAACAUUAGGUGUAACACCGUUUCUCGUACAAUACUUACGAAGAAAAGGUAUUCUCAAAUUGCCACAACGAGACAAAAUAAAAAAUUGAACGGAAUUUCGUAUAGCAGAAUUUCCAUUUUCUAUAUGCACUUUGUAAUCGUAAUUUGUAAACGAAUAUAAUUUGAUUAAAUAAACGAAGAUGUAUAUAAACUGUUUG